CUUCCUCCAUUCACUCAACGUGACCCGGCACUGACAACAACCAUAGUCGUCGACACUGCGGCUCAUUUCGGUCAUUCGCUCCGAAACCAAGGCUGGGUUGACAAGUCGGAGGCUGAGGCUGAGCAUCACUGCCCUGGAGGCAGAGCCCCCCUCCCGAGAUCGAGACCGACGCACUGGUCUGCUAUACACGAUCAUGACAUGUUGGCAUCGAUACACGGCGCCUACACUAGCCUUGCGUUCCCAAGAAGUCUGAGGUUGGUGGAGAGUUGCGCUCCUCGUAGCAGAUAGACGGACGACAGACCAUUUUGCUUGCUCCUAGAUGCCACGCCUUUGCGAACUCUUUAUAGAGACGUAUAGAUUCGGUUUGGCCCUGUGACCAGUCUCCCACGAAGCCAAAAGUUGCGACCUUCACCUUUAUUCUCAGUACCUACACAGCCCUGUCAGUAUGCCAACUGCCACCCAGCUCGACCACAAAGCUUACAUCCCUAUCGCCCACCCUGGCGAUGAUGUCAAAGCUCUCUUCAAGCAAUACGGUGCCGUGCGCUUGCAUGAUUUCAAGUUUGACACCGCCUCCUUCGACAAAUUUGUCUCCGGGUUCAACGAGACGACCUUGACCGACUACUCUGGAGGAUACCUGGGCAAGACGGGAAGACCAAAGACAUCCACGAACACUUUCGAGGCGUCGAACGUCCCGCCCAACUUCUACUUUCCGCCACACAAUGACUUGUCCUACUUCUACGAGCAGGGCCGCAUGCCUGGCAUCAUCCUUUUCUGCUGUCUGACACCUGCUCUCAAGGGUGGCUACACUCCACUAUUCAACGCCCAUCACGCUUUCAAGCUUCUUCCCGACGACAUUGUCAAACGUAUCAAGGGAAGAAAGCUCAGCUACGUCUGGACCAUUCCACGCGAAGGCAUUGCGGGUCGCAUGAAAGUACUGCCCACCUCGUGGAAGAGCUUUUUCGGAACCGAUGAUCCAGAUGAGGUAGCCAAGUUGGUUCAAGAUUUGAAGUUUUCUCGACACGAGUACCUCUACUUGGGCGGCGAAGGCGUUUCCAAGGACGAGCCCUCGCAUCUUAGACUGUACAUGGACGGACCCAUGGUGACCCAGCACCCGACCUCUGGAAAGGACAUCAUCUUUAUCAACCUCGGUCAAUCUCCCGAAGCUCGCAAGCACUUUGCCAAGCACUACGCUUCCGACGAAGCCUACCAAUCCGUCAUCGAGGGGAGUCGCGAAUUCUUGACGCUGGAUGCUCCCUACGUAGAGUGGGCCGACACGCACGAGCCGAUCGAGGCAGACGUCAUGGAAGCCAUCAUCAGCGCAUAUGAGAGGAGCCGUCUGGAUUGGGGUUGGAGUCAACCUAGCGAGAGCAUCAUCUUUGACAAUUUCCUAUUUGCCCAUGGUCGCGACACUUUUGAAGGCCCCCGUUCCGUCAUUACCUCUUUUGGCAACAUUGGCGAUCACAAAAUGCCAGGUCCUGACUGUGUCGCAUUCACCACCACUUCCACUGCCGCUUAACAGCUGCACGAGUUUACAAGCCAGAACCAAGCUCAUGUUCGCGGUGUAUCAAUCAGAAUUCCCG